CAUAACGUUAGUCGGUGUAUAAGUGAGAGCACUAGUUAUGAGAAAACCAUAUGGGAGAGAAUAGAGAUAGAACUUGAGGAAAUAAAUGUGAAGAACCUUAGAUUUGAUCGUCUGAUUUGUUCAGGCGUUCUGGAUAUCAAGUCAGAACUCUUUACAGAUAUACCAGGAUCA